UGUUUGCACAUGUGCAGUAGCUGCCAAGAGCGCCGCAUCACAUCCUGUCAUCGACAACAGCGUCAGUAUUAGUUUGGAGCCCAAGUCUCCGCUGGCUCCGAGGUCAGGGGGAAUAUUAGCUUCCUUCCUCAUUCACUCCCUCUCUCGUGCCCUCUAUCCCAAGUCUGUCUGCUAUGGAGGCCAUUGGUAAAUUUGACUUUACUGCCACGGCUGAAGAUGAGCUGAGCUUCAGGAAGGGGGACACUCUGAAGAUCCUGGUCACUAAUGACGACUGGUUCAAGGCUGAGCUAAACGGAGAGACUGGAUACAUUCCCCGGAACUACAUUGACAUCCACCUACCCAGCUGGUACCAGGAGAGUGUCACCCGUGGGGAGGCCCAGCAGGUUCUGAUGAUCAAGCCGGUGGGCUCUUUCCUGAUAAGAGGAAGUCAGAGCUCCCCCGGAGACUUCAGCAUCUCCGUCAGACAUGAGUCAGAUGUGCAGCAUUUUAAAGUGAUGACAGACACCAGAGGGCAGUAUUUUCUCUGGGCUGAGAAGUUCAGCUCCCUCAAUAAACUGGUGGACUACUACAAGAAGAACUCCAUUUCCAAACACAGCCGCAUUUUUCUGCAGGACCCAGAAACAGAGAGAGGACCAAGCCAGACCAGAAGUUCCAUAACCUCACAGCCUCUUCCCCAACCCCCCUCCUCCCAACAGACCUGGCCCCGCACAGCUGAUCCUGUAACCCAACCACAGAGAGGACCAAGCCAGACCAGAAGUUCCAUAACCUCACAGCCUCUUCCCCAACCCCCCUCCUCCCAACAGACCUGGCCCCGCACAGCUGAUCCUGUAACCCAACCACAGCGCGCGGCUGGUGGGGCAGGCGGAGGUCUGAGGCAGGUCAAAGCACGGUACGACUUCAUCGCAGAGGAGGUAGAUGAGCUGAGCUUCAGGGCCGGUGACAUCAUCGAAGUGCUGGAGUGCUCUGACAUGUCGUGGUGGAGAGGAAGGCUCAUGGGCCAGACAGGACUCUUUCCCACCAACUACACCCAUCCUGUGUGAGGAAGUGAGAGAGAGAGAUGCAGUGGUUGGAGAUGAAUGUGUCUCUUUUCACAUCACACUGCCCUUCAUUGCAGCCCUUCUGAACGAAAGCGAUCAUGAUAUAUUCAGAUCUUUGGGGUUUAGUAGCAUUAUCUUAAAAAAAAAAAAUGUUGUCUUGCAAAAUAGACAUACCAAAAAAAUAUGUGUAAUCAAUCAAAUAACAAUAUAUUUGUUACACUUUGUAAGCUAUAUAGAGUAUCUAUAUUUAUUAGAUGUGCUUGUCAAAGACAAAGCAUGACUUUAGAGUUCUCUGACUGUCUUGUAUUUGUUUCCCUUGGUCUAGCACCUAAAACUAUAAAAGAAAUGAAGACAAAACCAUUUCUCAAACACCCAGAUGCUCCGACGGUUGCGUGGGAACUAUGGCAAUAUAUAAAUGAGCUUCCAAUGCAUUUCAAUGGUGAAAUAUGUACCAUAGAAAAAAGAGUUUGGCCGUUCAGACUGGCCCAACUUGAGGAGCUUCCAUUUAAACAUGCAAUUAAAACCAACUUUAAACUUCAAGUCAGAGAGACUGCACCAAAUGUGUUUCACGUGUUAAGGCAAUCAGAACCUAUUAUUCUAACAUUUAUAAACUAUUAAUACACUAAUUACCAAAUUACAUAAUUACUAAUAGCAAAACUAGCGUAACUACAAAACAGCAUCGCUUGAAUAAUUAAAUAUAGUCAGACUAAACCAAUCAGGCUUCAAGUGUUUUUGCUAUUCCAAAAUACAAUUCUGAAAUGUGUAUCUACUAUGACUAUAAUAAUUCGCUUAAUUUCCAUAAUUUAAGUUAAAUACCCCAAAACAGUAUCUCUUCAACCAAUCAAGCUACAAAAACCAAACCAAGUUUCUAUCACAUGUUUCGGAUAUUAUGAAUUACUGAGUAUGAGUAAUUAAUGCAAUCUGCAAAACUAGCGUUAAUUAACCCUUUACCUUAAACGCUAGAGACCAAACAAAUUUUUUUUCGUGUUUUUUGUUUGUCCCAACUUGAAGUAUCUUUUAACGUAAACAACCUGGCAAGCACACCACGUAAACGUCCUUUCUAGUUUGUAACUUUCGUUUUAACUGUUUUUAAAAAAAAUUACCAUUACCACAGAUUUAAGAACUAAGGCAUAAUGAGGUAUGGUGUAUCCUAACGUAGCUGACGUUCGAAACAAUGAAAAAACAUAGACGUGGUGUAACAUGCGUUGUCAUAUAAUCCCCUAUUAUUUAGCAACCUAGCCUGUAUGCCUAGGUCUAAAUGUAAUCGUGUAUUACCUCUCAGUAAGACAACAAGACAGGGGUUCACUUUUCGCUGUCUAUUGAUGGGGUCUUAUGUCCACCACCACUGUCCAGCAGGGGGCAAUAUUUGGCAUUCAUUUCUGUUGUUCAUGAUCAUGACAUUUGGCAAAGAAAAGUUAUAUAUUAUUAAAAAUGUUUGAACAAAUAAAGGAUGCAUUGCCUCUUUUCCCCAUA